AAUAUGGUCCUCGGAGAAAUCACUAGCCAGCUGUCCAACACUGUCAUUACAAGUGACAGCACGACUACUGUAGUCAAGUCGACAAGUGAGCAUACGCGACAGAUAAAGGAUAAAAGGCGAGUGAAUGAGGAGCCAUUGCUGAAGGAGAAUCCUACCAAGUAUGUCAUGUUUCCGAUCCAGUACCACGACAUCUGGAGCAUGUACAAGAAGGCAGUUGCGAGUUUCUGGACAGUCGAGGAAGUGGAUCUAUCCAAAGACAUGGACGACUGGGAGAAACUGAAGGACGAUGAGAAGUACUUCAUCAAACACGUUUUGGCAUUUUUCGCAGCUAGUGACGGAAUCGUUAACGAGAAUCUAGUUGAGAGGUUCGGUCAGGAGGUCCAGAUUCCAGAGGCCAGAAGUUUCUACGGCUUUCAAGUAGCGAUUGAAAACAUUCACUCUGAAAUGUACUCGUUGCUGAUUGACACUUACAUUAGAGAUCCGACGGAGCGGGAUUAUUUGUUCAACGCUAUUGAGAACAUGCCUCCUGUGCGAAAGAAGGCAGAUUGGGCGCUGAAUUGGAUCGCAGCAGACAACGCCACUUUUGGAGAACGAAUCAUUGCGUUUGCGUCUGUCGAAGGAAUAUUUUUCUCAGGUUCAUUCGCUGCUAUUUUUUGGCUCAAGAAACGAGGUGUAAUGCCUGGAUUGACGUUCUCUAAUGAGUUGAUCAGUCGAGACGAAGGAUUGCAUACCGACUUCGCCUGUUUGAUGUUUAAGCAUCUUAUCAACAAACCGACCGAGGCGAGGAUUAAGGAAAUAGUUACUGAUGCUGUUAAAAUUGAGCAGGAAUUCCUGACUGAUGCGCUGCCUGUUAAGCUCAUUGGAAUGAACAGUGAGCUCAUGUGUCAAUACAUUGAGUUCGUUGCCGACAGGUUGCUGGUCGAGUUGAAUUGCGAGAAGAUCUGGAACAGCGAGAACCCGUUUCCUUUCAUGGACAUGAUCAACAUGGAGGGCAAGACGAACUUUUUUGAAAAGCGAGUGGGCGAAUAUCAGAAAGCAGGAGUAAUGAAUUCGGUUGGCUCUUCGGCUAAAAAGCAAUUCGUCUUCAGCACCGAAGAGGAGUUUUAAUAUUUGAAAUGAUUUGAACACAGUUGUAUCUUGUGUGCUCUGUUAUACAACAGUGAUUGCUUUGUUUUUGUGUGAUUUGCGCUGUUUUUAAAGUGUGUUGGGUUUGUAACCACAACAUUUUUGGGUGUUAAUGUACGAAGCUUCAAAUUAUUAAUUGGUUUUCGUGAUUACAUUUGCGAGAUGAAGUGUCUCGUGUAAUUAAUAGUUUUAAAAUUGUA